UUCGUAAUGUUAAGGCAAAAAGGAAGAACUAAAAUAUCAUACGAGACUUUGUAUGUCCAAGAUGUCUCCACGUCAUUCUAUAUCUCCAGUCCACCAUCCCUCCACAAUAUCUUGAAUCUUCUCCACUUUCUCUGAAAUCUGUACAUACUACUUUCUACAUACAUUUAUCAUGAUGAAAUCAUCAUGAGGACACCACCCCCUUGUCUGAUUUUUAUCCAUUGCUUGGAGAACAAGCAUAUUUCCUACCAACUACUUCGAUUUUGAUACACAAACGUCAAACUAAAUUCUAAAUUCAUAUCCGUCCAUACCCAGUUUUUGAAUCCACUCAAUUUCACUUUCUUUUCAUCAAUUUUGAAGAUAUAUAUUUUUUUUCAAAAGCAUGCCUGAUUCACCUCUUCCAGCCGAACACUCCCAUGGAAGCCCACUGAGACGCCGACCUUGUGAUUUCUGUAAUAAAUCGACGGCGCUUCUGUAUUGUAGAGCUGAUAACGCCAAGCUCUGUCUCUCCUGCGACCGAGAAGUUCAUUCGACUAAUCAGCUUUUCACUAAGCACACACGGUCGUUGCUUUGUGAUGGUUGUGAUUCUUCGCCUGCUUCGAUUUUCUGCUCCACUGACGCCGUUGUUCACUGCCAGAAUUGCGACUGGGAGACACAUAAUAAGUCGAACUCGAAUUCGAAUUCGAGUUCGCCGGCGACACACGACCGGCGACCUCUUGAAGGGUUUACUGGUUGUCCUUCUGUUACUGAUUUGCUAUCGAUUUUAGGGUUUGAGGAUUUGAGCAAAAAAGGGCUUUUACUUUGUGGUAGUUGUGAGGAAGGAUCCGAUUCUUACGGGUCGGGUGAUAAGUUUCCGGAUUAUCUUGUUUGGGAUACUCCUUCGUUUGUGAGCCUGGAUGACCUGAUUGUUUCAAGUGGCUCUGAGCAUAAUUAUCAAGCCAUGGGUGUCCCUCCUCUCCCCAAGAAUCGAAAUGCUGCGUUUGGAGCAUACAAAGAUGAACUUGUUCGCCAGCUUCGUGAAUUGGCAAAGUCUGACCCAAAUGUGGAUGGCGAUGAAGGCAUUAUUAAACCAAUAAACGAUGAGUUUCAGCCUAUUAUUAAUAUGGCAACUACACAAAAUAAUAGGAGUUCAGGGUUUGAACAUAAUAAGUUAGAAGAGCAGCAAGUAGCAUAUUCUUCAAAUGAGGCGAACACAUUUCAAUGGUGUCCCGAUGUUUGUGAUGCCGUGGGUCAAGAUUUAUAUUCUGACCAAUUACAUAACGCCACAGAGACACAAUGCAUAGUUCCUGUUGAAAAAAUCGACACUGUUCAUCAUAGUAUCACUGCUGAAAAUACACAAGUCUUCCCCAACAUCUUUGUUGGUGUACGUGAAAUCAACAGUCAGGAGAGAGAAACCGCACUCUCGCGAUACAAAGAGAAGAAGAAAUCCAGGAGGUAUGAUAAGCAUAUUAGGUAUGAAUCACGAAAGGUAAGAGCCGAAAGCAGGAUAAGGAUCCGCGGUCGUUUUGCAAAAAUGGAUCGUUUGGAUGUUUGAUAGAUGAUAUAGUGAGUGAGAGUGUAGUUGUGGUAUUGCUUCAUGCAUAUCAAAAGAUGUUUGUGAGUAGUGCCAUGGUUUUCUGUUAGUUUUGUAUCGAUCCUGUCUGAGUAGCUUUUGAGCAUGUUUUGUUGUGAGUGUAGCUUGUAAAUAAAAUAAAGAUAUGAGUUAUUUAAUUAAAAUUGUAACCUAGGUUUUCAGAAUUUAA